AGUGUUUGAGUUAGUCUGCUGGUGGUCGGCCAAAUGUACAGUCGGUGUCUAGACUCUCACACCUGCAUCACACUAAAUGUGCCUUUAAUUUUACUGAAGACUGCUAACCAGUUCAAAGUGAAGUUAAACACUUCAGUUUAAGCCAGUUGUAGUACCUUCACAACGAAACAUAUGUCCUGUGCAAGUAUCCUACAGUCCAUGCCAGUGGACAUGGCCUUUGUACUUCACAGGAGUUCCCCGCCGCGCAACCGCCGGCUCGCCCUGGCCUCUCCAAAACCCCUGCGCCCAUGCAUCCAUCACCGUGCGUUCUUGAACAAACUCCCUCCGUCCACUAACCACGCUCCGGCGAAGACCGUUACCAGAGGCACUAGCGUCGAGAAACGAGUCAUAUUUGCCGACUCGAAAGGGCUCUCGCUUACCUCCGUGCGCGUGUUCUGUAAGAGGGAGGAGAAGGCCCAUCUGGAGCCGCUGGAGGUACCAAAGCCACAAACACUGCAUUUGGUGAACGCGGAUACGGUUCAGGGCACGAAAAUGCGCCUGGGAUUUACGCAGCCGUGCGAAGACUUCCAGGCUUUCUGCGGUCGUCUGCGAGAAAGCGCGGUGCUUUUAGAGAGCUGCUGCGCCACGGAGCGGUCCAUCCUCGGCACGGUGCGCGUCAGGAACAUUAGCUACGAGAAAACGGUGCAUGUUCGCGUUACCUUCGAUUCGUGGCGCACUUACCGAGAUGUGCCAUGCGCUUACUUGGAUCAGCGCUACGGGGACCCGGACACUGACGUCUUUGCGUUUAACAUCGUAGUACCAGGAUCCGUGGAUCCACGGGAACAGAUCGAAUUUUGCGUGUCAUACUUACCCGGGGGAUUCAGCAGUGCGGUUUGGGAUAAUAACUACGGCAAAAAUUAUAGCAUUCAUAUGUGCGUCUGACAGUCCAGCCCAUUAAAAUGUCAUUCUAGCCAUCGUGACCAAACCACAGGCUAUAAUGCUUUGCUUGUAUGUAGCACAAAUGGGUUGUUUUGCACUAUUGCUUGUAUAUUACAUUUUCUCUGUACUGAAAGGCAUGAAUGUCAAAAGACACAGUAAAGUAAAUGUUUUGUUUGUUUUUUUUAAAUAUAUGUGGUUAUGUGUUUUGUGCUGGUCUCAGUUUAGUGGAUUUUAUCCCUGCAUUCAAGCUGGUAUACAAAUCUUUUUCUGACUGGCCCCGCACUGUGGGGUUUGGAUACAGGUCACUUGACCUGGGGCUUCUUAUCUGUGUUAAGGUCCUUUCUUACCCAAUGAGACGUUUGAGAGGAAAUUGUUCAAGAGUUCUGGUUACUUUCCACUGCAAGAAUUCAAAGGAAAUCAGCGUCACUCUGCAUCCUGAUAUAGAAAAGAGGUUGUAGAUGUUGUGCGUCAGGCUGAGGAAAAGCUACUGUCAGUGCCAACAGAAAGAGAGAGAAGGAGAGACAGAGAGAGAAAGAAAGUUGAAAGAGAGGGAGAAGAAGAGACUGAGAGAGAGAUUCACAAAUUGUUUACACUUGAUUCAAGCAAAAAUGAGACUUGGAAUAAGUGUAUCUUGAUUAAAGAAUGUGGACUGGGGCCGGUGUUACACAAAAAUCUGAAGUGAUUUAGUAAUGUGUUGCAAU